GCCAACCUUAGAGCCAUUAUGUCUUCUGAGAAGCAGGUGACACAGCUGAUGAGCUCCAUUGAUGAGGCCUUGGCAGAGGUGGCCAGGGUGGAGGAGACCUUGCAGAUCUAUGAUGAGUUACUGGGAAGUGUGAAGCAGCAGAUGGACCACAUCCACCGGGAAAACUCCUUGCUACAUCUCAUCGUUUCCAACAAGACGAGGCUGAUGGAUGAGAUCCUCUUCCUCACGACCCACCUCAACCUCAGCAGGGAACACUGCGAUGCUCUGAGCCAGGCAGAUCUUUCCAGCCCCAGCAGAGUGAAAGCCUGCAUUGCUGCAGCAGAGGCUUUAUCUGGCUGCAUGAACAUCCAGAUACAGCCCGGUUACCGGAAGCUGCAGUCUGUGGCUGAGCAGCUGAUCAUGUUCGAAACACUCAAGCAGAACUUUGAAAACGCUUUUAUCAGUCACAUUACGAGGAUCUUCGAGCUGCAGGGUAAUGCUCAGGUCCCUGCUUUUGGGCAGCCCAUUGACAAGCUAUCUGCACCAAGCCAUGGACUCCACCACGAGGAACUGGUGCCCUACACCCCGCUCAUGACCUGGCUGAGGAACGUCAACCCAGUUCUGUUCUGUGAUCUCCCCAAGGUCUAUGCUCAGAACCUCAGCAGACUCUAUGACCGGGAAAUCAAAGCCUUUUUUGAACAAGCCAAAACCUUCUUGUUAGGAAGGAGAAAAGGAAGUCUUCAGGAAAGCUUAGAGAAGCCAACGGCGAUGGGGAGCAGGCAGCAGUCUCGGUGGAGUCUCCCUGGAAGCAGAGAAGGCCAGGAGGAUGCACCGGACAAAGGCAACAGCAUCAAGCAGAUGUUGGAGCAGGUGCUGGGAGAGCUGCAACCCCUUUGCACCGCGGAGCAGCAGUUCAUUGAGAAAUUCUUCCAGCUAAGCUGCCACGCCGCAGACCUGGAGGCAUCCGCCACUAAGGGAGGAGAAAGCAUGGCAUCUCCAGAGGACCCUCCUUGCCCCAAGCCUCGAAGCCAGCUAGAAGAACCUACAACCCGGCUGCUGAGCGAGAUCUUCAGUUGCCUGGAACCAGAGCUGAGAGGAUUUCUAGAUGUCUGCAAUAAGGUCCACCCAUUUGGCUGCUUGCGGGUCCUGGUGACUUUGAAUGACUCCAUCUUUGAGAUGUGGGGCUCUUCCUCAUCUUCCCCCUCGUCCUUCCUCAACACUGUCCUGGGAAACAUGCUGCUCCUGGCCAAGAGCAGCUUCAACAGAUGCAUUGGGACCUUGUGCAAAGAGAUCGAGGAGGCCAAGAUGCCCAGCAAGAUGAAAGGCGGGAUCCUGCCCUCCGUGAGCCGCUUUGAGGAGUUCGUGAACUUCUCAGAGGAGGUGUUCAGGACAGCUCGGCGGAGAGGGGAGCUGGACAAAGCACACCUCAGGCUGGCCGGCAGCAUCUUCAGCAGCAUCAACAGUCUGUCCUCAGCAAACCUGAAGGUGAACACAGAUAUGGUCAUGAUGGAAAAUUUCCACCACAUUCACUGCUUCCUGUGCCAAAAGAAGAUCCACUGCCUGGAGGGCAAGAAGAGAGAAGCCAAGCAAAAGUAUAGCGAGCACAUGGAGAAAUAUGUCAUCAAGUACCUGGGCCAGCCCCUGGAGAAGCUCAAUCACUUCUUCGAAGGGGUGAAAGCCCGUGUGGCUCAAGGGGUGAAAGAAGAGGAGGUCAGCUUUCAGCUGGCCUACAGCAAGCAAGAGCUGAGGAAGGUCAUUGAGAAAUACCCUGGCAAAGAAGUAAAAAGAGCCCUUGAGACCCUCUACAGGAAAAUCCACAAGUAUCUCUCCCCAGAGGAAAAUCUUUUGCCGGUGGUGUGGCACGCCAUGGAGCAGGAGUUCAUACGUCAGUACCGAGAGUUUGAGCAUCUGAUCCAACGCUGUUAUGCGGGAUCAGGGAUUGCCAUGGACUUCACCAUGGAGGACUUGCUGAGCUACUUCAACUCCAUCACUCUGUCCAACACGUAG